CCGCUCCUCGACGCCGUGGCCUCCUUCGGCGACUGCGGCGGGUCGCCGGCCCUCGCCCUCGUCGGCACGGUCGCCAUGACCUACCGCGGGCACCGCUACAACCUGCCCGUGGAGAUCGUCCUGCCGCCGGGCUACCCGGCGGCGCCGCCGCGCGUCUUCCUGCGGCCGACGCCGGACAUGUCCGUGCGCGACCGCCAUCGCCACGUCGACGCCGCGGGCGUCGUCUACCUGCCGCUCCUGAGCGCGUGG